CCAUGCCCGCGCGCGCCCGCCCGCCCCGCCGCCCCGCAGCGCGACCCGGCCAGCGGCGCUAGCGGCGGGGCCAUGGACGCCGAGCCCGGCUCGCCGCCCGCCGCGCAGUCGGCGCUGGACAAGAACGUGGCCGAGCUGACCGUCAUGGACGUGUACGACAUCGCGUCGCUCGUGGGCCACGAGUUCGAGCGGGUCAUCGACCAGCACGGCUGCGAGGCCAUCGCGCGCCUCAUGCCCAAGGUCGUGCGCGUCUUGGAGAUCCUGGAGGUGCUGGUCAGCCGCCACCACGUCGCGCCCGAGCUGGACGAGCUGCGCCUGGAGCUGGACCGGCUGCGCGUGGAGAGGAUGGACCGCAUCGAGAAGGAGCGCAAGCACCAGAAGGAGCUGGAGCUGGUGGAGGACGUGUGGCGGGGCGAGGCCCAGGACCUGCUGUCGCAGAUCGCGCAGCUGCAGGAGGAGAACAAGCAGCUGCUCAGCGACCUGUCCCACAAGGACGCCGGCUUCUCCGAGGAGGAGUUCCAGAAGCACGAAGGCAUGUCCGAGCGGGAGCGGCAGGUGAUGAAGAAGCUGAAGGAGGUGGUGGACAAGCAGCGAGACGAGAUCCGGGCCAAGGACAGGGAGCUGGGGCUGAAGAGCGAGGACGUGGAGGCCCUGCAGCAGCAGCAGAGCCGGCUGAUGAAGAUCAACCACGACCUGCGGCACCGCAUCGCUGUGGUAGAGGCCCAGGGGAAGGCCCUGAUCGAGCAGAAGGUGGAGCUGGAGGCCGACCUGCAGGCCCGGGAGCAGGAGCUGGGCGGCCUGCGCGCAGAGCUGGGCCGGCUGCGGGAGCGGCUGCAGGGUGAGCCCCGCCAGAACGGGGCGCCCGAGCCCGAGGCGGAGCUGGGGAUGGAGGAGUGCAUGGCCGAGGCGGAGAAGCUGGCACUGGACCUCAAGGACCCGAACCGGCCCCGCUUCACGCUGCAGGAGCUGCGGGACGUGCUGCACGAGAGGAACGAGCUCAAGGCCCAGCUCUUCGUGCUGCAGGAGGAGCUGGCCUACUACCGCAGUGAAGAAAUGGAAGAGGAAAAUAGGAUACCCCAACCUCCACCCGUCGUGCACCCAAGAAUGUCCCCCCAGCCCGAGUCUGGGAUCAGGCGGCUGUUUAGCUUCUUCUCCCGCGACAAGAGGCGCCUGGCGAACACGCAGAGAAGCAUGCCCAUCCCGGAGUCCUUUGGCCAGUGGGCCAGCUCCCAGCGUGACGACGGGUACACGGAGCAAGGCCAGGAGGCCCUGCAGCACCUGUGACCUCGGCCCCGCACCGCGUGCUCAGACGGACUCUCAGCCAAGCCCUCAGACAAGCUGCCUCUCUGGGGACGCGCUGAAAACUGAGGCCAGACUCGCAGAAACGUUUCUCUAUGCCCCGGGCUGUCACCGUUUGUAAUAGAUGACCCGCUCCUUAGAAGAUCUAUUUAAUAACACAGUGAACUGAGGCCAGACUUCGCGUUAACUUCAGUAACUUUUUGAUGCCAAAUACACCCUCAGCACUAGCACUGCUGCUCGCUUUGCAGGACAGUCUCCGUGUGGGGCUUUGACUUUCACGUUUGUCGGACUCAAGGGGGAGAAGGGGAGUGGUGACUUGGUGAGUUGCCUUCAGGAAGUUGGCGAGGUGACAGCAUUUCACAUGAGUGGAUGCACGAGACUCGGCAGGCAGGCCGGGGUUGGCGGCCCGAAGGGGACACUGCAGCGGAGACCGCAGUCAGCACCAGGACGGCUCUGCCGGAGGUGGGUCUCGUGACACCUUGUCACCAAGAGCUGGAGCUGUGGCAGCUGGAAGGAGUGCCUUGAACUCGCUGAUUUAGCCAGUGUUAACCAAACAAAGUUGCUGACACUUA